UAUCACCAUCAGCCAUUCAUGAUAAUGUAAAGCGCCUAUUUUCCUUCCACAUCAAUGCUGCACUGUGCGCGGAGUAACCGAAUGUGGAGAGUGGAGUUAUAAUCUUAAAAAAUGUAGAUGUCAAUCUUUUAGUCAAUCUCCUUCGACGCCGAUUGGAUCGUAUCACAUUUGCGCAAUACAAGACAUUUCUUGUUGUUCUUCUUUCCCCACCACACCAACCAUGACGGACAAGAUAGUAUCUGGAAAACACGCUUACCGAGCGUAUUAUGUUCUUGGACGGUGCCAUGGGCACCAUGGUCCAGCGUCUCAAAUUAGAAGAAGAAGACUUUCGCGCUGAGGAAUUUAAGAAUCACACUCGUGAUCUACGAGGCAACAAUGACUUGUUGACAUUGACCAAACCCGAUGCUAUCUAUGACAUUCACCGUUGGUAUUUGGAAGCCGGUUCAGAUAUGGUGGAAACCAACACGUUCAGUUCAACUUCAAUUGCUCAGGCUGAUUAUGCUUUGGAGAAAUAUGCAUAUCGUUUGAACAAGGAAGGUGCCGAGUUGGCCAAGCGUGCCUGUAAAGAUGUCACUGAAGCUACGGGCAUCCCGCGCUUUGUUUGCGGUGCCAUCGGUCCUACGAACCGAACAUGUUCAAUUUCACCUUCGGUUGAGAACCCGGCUUUUAGAAACGUUACCUUUGACGAGCUUGUCGUUGCUUAUUCCGAGCAGAUUCGUGGUUUGUUGGAUGGUGGCUCCGAUAUCUUGUUGGUUGAAACGAUUUUCGAUACAUUGAACGCCAAAGCUGUCGUCUAUGCCAUUGACUUGGUGAUGGAAGAGGAUCAACGACCCAAGGUGCCUGUGUUUAUCUCCGGUACCAUUGUGGAUCAGAGUGGUCGUACUUUGUCUGGUCAGACCGGUGAAGCUUUUGUCACGUCACUGAGCCACACUAAUCCCAUGGCCAUUGGUCUCAACUGUGCUUUGGGUGCUCCUCAGAUGAAGCCUUUCAUCCAAAACAUCAGUCGCUUCACAGAUGCACACAUCAUCUGUUAUCCCAAUGCGGGUUUACCCAAUGCAAUGGGCGAGUACGAUGAAACUCCUGCACAGAUGGCAAAGAAUGUCGAGCCCUUUGCCAAGGAAGGUCUCGUCACCAUUGUCGGUGGUUGCUGUGGUACCACUCCCGAACAUAUCAAGGCUGUUGCAGAUGUUUGUCGCAAGUACAGCCCUCGCCCCAAGCCUGCAUACAACCGCGACGUCAUGAUUCUUUCAGGUCUUGAAGUGUUGCGUGUUGAUGAGAACACUGGUUUUGUCAACGUCGGCGAACGUUGUAACGUGGCUGGUUCCAAGAAGUUCUGCAGACACAUUUUGAAGGGUGAAUACGAAGAAGCGUUGGCAAUUGCGCGUGCUCAGGUCGAAAACGGUGCCCAGGUGGUUGACUGUAACUUUGACGAGGGUUUGUUGGAUGGUCAUGCUGCAAUGACGCGCUUUUUGAACUUGCUCGCUUCCGAUCCUGAUUGUUCGCGCGUGCCACUCAUGAUCGACUCGUCCAAAUUCAGCGUCAUUGAAGCCGGUCUCAAGUGCGCACAGGGCAAAUGUAUCGUCAACUCCAUUUCGCUCAAAGAAGGUGAAGAGGAUUUCAUCCGCAAGGCAAAGCUCAUUAAGCGCUUUGGUGCCGCUGUUGUUGUCAUGGCCUUCGAUGAAGAAGGUCAGGCUGCCGAAGCGGACCGCAAGGUUGAGAUCUGUACUCGCUCGUAUCGCAUUCUUGUGGACCAGGUUGGUUUUAACCCCUACGAUAUCAUCUUUGAUCCCAACAUCUUGACCAUCGCCACUGGUAUGGAGGAACACAACAACUAUGGUGUCGAAUUCAUUAAUGCUUGUCGUGAGAUCAAGCGAACCCUGCCUGGUGCCAAGAUCAGCGGUGGUGUAUCCAACUUAUCGUUCGCGUUCCGUGGUAUGGACAAGGUCCGUGAAGCCAUGCACUCUGUCUUUUUGUACCACGCUGUCAAGGUUGGCAUGGAUAUGGGUAUCGUGAAUGCCGGUUUCUUGACCGUGUACGAUGAUAUUCCAAAGGACUUGUUGGAGUUGUGUGAAAAUGCGGUCUGGAACAGGGAUCCUGAAGUUACCGAGAAACUGUUGGAUUAUGCCAAACGUCAUUCUAAGGACGCCAAGAAGGAUGAGGAUCAAGAAGAAUGGCGCUCUUGGCCUGUCACACAACGUAUCACGCACGCCCUUGUGAAGGGUAUCAUGAAGUUUAUCCUCGAAGAUACCGAGCUUGCGCGUCAGGACAAGGAAAAGUACCCCAGAGCCUUGAACGUUAUUGAAGGACCCUUGAUGGACGGUAUGAACGUCGUUGGUGAUUUGUUCGGUAAGGGCAAGAUGUUUUUGCCCCAGGUCAUUCGUUCUGCUCGUGUCAUGAAAAAGGCCGUCGCUCAUUUGAUCGACUACAUUCUGGUUGAAAAGGAAGAAGAUAUGGCAAAAAACGGUGGCGUUGAAGCCAAGGGCAACGGUACCAUCGUCAUAGCCACCGUCAAGGGUGAUGUGCACGAUAUCGGCAAGAACAUUACUGGUGUCGUGCUGGGCUGUAACAACUACCGAGUUGUCGACUUGGGUGUCAUGGUUCCAUUCGACGUCAUUAUCAAACGCGCUAUCGAAGAAAAAGCCGAUCUCGUCGGUCUGUCUGGUUUGAUUACGCCCUCGCUAGAAGAGAUGGUGAUCGUUGCCAAGGAGUUCAAAAAGGCUGGCCUCAGCAUUCCAAUCAUUAUUGGUGGUGCUACAACGAGCAAGAUGCAUACUGCUGUCAAGAUUGCUCCUCAAUAUGAGCAUCCUGUUGUGCACGUCUUGGAUGCUUCUCGCAGUGUCCCUGUUGCGGCUGCUUUGAUCAGUGAUGCUCGACGCGAAGACUUUUUUGAGGAUAUCAAGGAAGAAUAUGCCGAGCUGCGAGAGGAAUACUAUGAAGGUUUGGAAGAGAAACGCAUUUUGUCCAUCAAUGCUGCCCGGGAAAAGAAGUUCCGUAUCGACUGGGGCCUGAACCCGCCAGUGCACGCUCCCAAGUAUUUGGGCGAAAAGGUGUAUAAGGAUGUCCCUCUGGAGAAGCUCGUCAGCCAUAUCGACUGGAAUCCCUUCUUCCAAGUCUUCCAGCUUCGUGGCCGUUACCCGAACCGUGGCUACCCCAAGAUCUUUGAUGACGAAACCGUCGGCGCUGAAGCCAAGCGUGUCUUUGAAGAUGCACAAAGCAUGCUCAAGGAAAUUAUUUCCAAGAAACUCUUGCGCGCUGAAGGUCUUGUCGGUUUCUAUCCUGCCCACAGCAACGGCGACGACAUCGAAAUCUACGAAGACGAGUCGCGCGAAAAGGUCAAGGCUGUGUUCUAUGGCUUGCGUCAGCAAUCCGAAAAGGAGAAUGACGAGCCCUACUACUGCAUGUCUGAUUUCAUUUCUCCCAAAGAAUCAGGCAAGCCCGACUACUUGGGUAUGUUUGCCGUGACCACGGGUUUCGGCUGUGACGAGCUCGUUGCACAGUUUGAAGAGGACCACGACGACUACUCGAGCAUUAUGGCCAAGGCAUUGGCCGAUCGCUUUGCUGAAGCUUUCGCAGAGUGGCUUCACGAAGAAGUGCGCAAGAAUGACUGGGGCUAUGCAUCGGAAGAAAGUAUUUCUUCGGCUGAUAUGUUUGCUGUCCGUUACCAAGGUAUUCGUCCUGCUCCUGGUUACCCUUCGCAGCCGGAUCACACUGAAAAGACGACCAUGUGGGAGCUUGGUGAUAUCGCUAAGAAGACUGGCAUGAUCUUGACCGACUCACUCGCCAUGGAACCCGCUUCCAGUGUCAGUGGUCUUUACUUUGCUCACGAGCAGAGCAAGUAUUUUGCCGUUGGCAAGAUUGACAAGGACCAAAUCAAUGACUAUGCCGCCCGUAAGAAGAUGGAUGUCGCUGACGUCGAAAAAUGGCUCGGCACCAUUUUGGCCUAUGAUCAUUAAAAUUUCCUCCCUCUCUGAAAACCGCAUAUAUACACGUUCCAUUUUCUUUCUUUAUUAUCCCGUUUUCCUACACUUAUACACUUGCCUUCUUUUCUGUACCUUUUUAGAAAAAGUAAUCAUGGAUGACGU